AAAUGAGAUAUCUUGCUUCAGAAUUUUGUGGGGAUUUGUAAUACCAAGUCGAGGAGUUGAUUAGUGUAUUUUAUUUUGUGGAACUGUCAUAAUUGAGAAUGGUUAAUAUACUGAAUUUUCAUGGUUUCAAGAUUUUGGAUUAGGAUCUUCCAAGACAUUGCAACGCUUCCAUGUGAUCCUCUGAAAUUUGCGUUUUGGUUACUUGGGAAUAGUGAUUUAUCAUGCUUGUUCUGUUGUAUCACAGUCGAGGAUAAUGUUGAUAGGGAGGUAGGAGGUAGGAAAUAGGAAGGAAUGCUGUGUACACUACAAAAAAAUCUAGGGUUUUUUCCCCUUGUUGGAAGUUUGCAGCCUUGGUUUUGCCAUAAAGUUCCUCACUAGCACCUUAGCUCUGUUUCUAUUUGAUAUGCUUGGCUUAUCUGCUUAUGUAUAUUGGAAUUAUUUUAUGUUUCACAUUGCCAUUGCAUUGAAUCCAAAUCAUCUUCAGGUUAGCUACUUAAAAAGUUAUUUCUAUUAUUUGUGACAUCAAAUAGUUGGAGCAACUGGGUAAUUUAAUAGUAUCCAGAUAAUAUAUUUUACUAUCUUUAUUGUCUUUCUGUUUGCUGUUGAUGUUUUUUCAAAACUGUGGCUGCCACUUUUUAGCUGAUGUUACAGUUAACAUUAUGAUGGAUGGUUCUUUAUACAAAUUGUGAGCUCGUUUAGUCUAUAUAUAUAUUUGGCUUUCUUAAUUCACUUCUUGUUCAUCUGGGACAGAUAAGAAGUGGCUUGUGGGUUUUCUGUUGUUCUAUAGAGGUCUUCUAUGUUGGUAGCGUGCAAUGAAUCUUUUGUGUGUGAAUUUUACUUGAUAGUUCACAAUCUUGCUUAGAUGAUCGUUUUAUUAUUGCAAUUUGAUUUUUUCUUUGCUUCUUUUAAUUUGGUUUUUAAUCUGUUAAGAGUGUUGUUUCAGAUUUAUGUCACUUAUAUUUGCAGUGCUUUUCCCUCCCUUUGAAAUAUGGUGGCAUCUUAGAAGAAGAUUUCAGAAGAUGAUGUCAUUUAAUUGUAGGCAAUUCUAGUGUUUACAAGGCUGCUGUUCCUCUUGAAGGAAUUGGAUAAGGCCAUUACCAACCAUAUAUCUUGAAGGUUGCUAUUUUGCAAGGAAUAAAGUAAGGCCCUCUCCUAAAAAUGGAAGAGAUUUGCCUUUUAUUGGGAGUAGGUUUUGAUGAAUGCUUUGGUACAAAUCGCCCAAUAAUAUUAGAACAUAUUCUAGGAGCUUAUUUAAGCCACUAUUGCUCCUUAUGGCAAAUUCAAUGUGCCUUGAGACAGUGUAAUUUUUUCUAUUGUCCUAGGCUGCAUUGCCUGUGAGAUUAAGAUCUUGUAAACGCACAUAACCACAUACAUCAGAUCUAAAAUAGACCAAGAACCAUAAUAUCGAGUUAUUGAAAAACAUGAGGAAAGACAAGUUAAAAUUGAGAUUAUUUUGUUUCCUUCCUUAUCAAAGAGGGACCCUUAGGGAGCGGGGCUUAUUUAUUGAAAAAGGGGGAGUGAGGAGUAAAGGAAGAAAGAAUGGAAGGGGGGGGUAGGAAGGUCUGGAAAGCCCUCGCUUUAUUGAUGGGACAUUUUUAUCCCCUUCCCUUGUGGCACAAGGAUCUUAAAGAAUAAGCAUGAACUAAAUUUAGAGUAUAAGAAUGCAUAAUUUGGUUCAUAUUGAACUUCAUGCUCCUAAAGAGAAUGAGAGAAUUGUUAACUAAUCAAUUCGAUUAUCAGUAUAUUAAGUGUUAUGAACAUGUAAUUUAAAUAUUUUUUUUUUAUUAGAAACAAACAUUUUAGUACCAUGAAAUAAGUAAAUAGAAAGGAUGAAAAAUUAUUUCCCCAAACACAACCACUACAUAACUAUGAUCAAAAGCAAGAAAAAUUAAAUGCAUAAGUAAAGGUGGUUAUAUCUGCAAACUCAAAACUUAAAGGGUUAGAAGAUCUAAUUUAAAUAUUUAAAAAGGUUAUUAAUAAAAAGAGCAUGACAAUGAAAAAAGAUUUUUUCUUUCGUUUUGGAUAGAGAUGAGGUUAAAUGCAAGCAAAAUUGAAUUAUAAGUAGUAAGAAUAUAAUUCAUUUUAUACUUUUAUUCUGAAUAAAUUUGAAUUCCUUCGUUAUUACACUUAGAGGCCUAUCGAGGUGGGGUACAACGCAGGAGCGAGGUGGGGCAAGUACAUGUCAUUUAGCUUCAUUCAAUGUGUCACUCCACAUUGGUAAUCCAUGCCUCCACUCAAAAACCAUUCAAAUUCAACUUACAUGGUAUAAAUAUAUAAUGUCCUCUUCCAAAAGCUCACCGCAGAUACUUUAAAAUAGUGCAGUAGAUUUUGUAAUUUGGGGUUUUGAAUCAUGAGUUCUUCAAACAAAGGAGGUAGAGGCAAGCUCAAGGCCUCAAAAUUGGUCUCCCAAUCACAAAAGGCCAGCCUUCAAUUUAUUGUUGGCCAAAUUGCCCAUUUCCUCAAAAGUCUGCAAGUAAUCUGGUCAUGUAGUUCCAAUGCUCCUGUUUAUGUAUCUGCCUUUCUUGAGUACCUUGCAGUUGAGGUUGCUGUAUUAUGAGAUCACUAUGUUGAUUGAUUCUGCCUUGUUUGGUUGCUUGGUAAAAGGAAUGUAGAGAAAUUACUAAUUCAUGGAAUGGAGUUUCACUCAAUUUUGUUCAAUGCAACUACUUUCCUCAAUGAUAAAACGUUGUUGUUGGUUGUUUUGAUAAAUUGUGGAUUUGAUACUUAGGGUUAUGUGUUCACAGGUUCUCGAACUUUCUGGGAAUGUUGCAAGAGCAAUAAGAAGAAUAGAAUUGUUCUGAGGCACAUCCAGCUUGCUGCUAGGAAUGACGAGGAGUUGAGAAAACUAUUGGGGAUGGUAAUAAUUGCAGAUGGGAGUGUUUUGCCUAACAUUCAUCAAAACCUUUUGCUGAAUAACACUGGGGAAGGGAAAGGAGAGAUUGGAUCCGCUUUGUAGGAGUUUCAGGGUUUUCAUUGUUUGGAAGUUUAGUUUUUGGAGUUUUAAUACGAUUAAGGAUGAGAUCUAUUGUGUUAUGGGUUUGUCAUCUUCUUGAUCCUUGGAACCUUAGUUUUGAAAAUAAAUAUGAGAUAUAGAAAAAUAUAAUACUUCUUUAGACAUCUUCUCCAUUUGAUGCUUUGGUUCCUGAUAUACAUAAAAUGUUUUGCUUAAGAACUUUGUGGCUGCUUAAGAACUUUGUGGCUUUUGUUGGGAUUUGUAAUACUAAUAUUAUUAGUUGAUUAUGGUAUUUUAUGUCAUGGAAAAAAAAAAGGACAAUUGAAAAUGGCUUAUAUACUAAAUUUUCAUGAUUUCAAUAACCUGGAUCAUAAUCUUCCAGUACAUUGUAAACGUUACACUUGAUCCGCAGAAAUUUGCAUUUUGGUGACCUUGGAAUGGUGAUUUACCAUGGUUGUUCUGUUUUCCAAUAUUUGAGGCUUGUCGCUGUCAUAGUUAAGGAUAAUGUCGAUAGGGAGGUAGGUAAUAGGAAGGGAUUUUGUGUGCACUAUCAGAAAUCCUAGGGCGCAUAUCAACUUUUUUCCCCUUUUAGGAAAUUUGCAGCCUUGAUUUUGCCAUAAGUUCCUUUCUGGCAUCUUAGCACUGUUUCUAUUUGAUAUGUUUGGCUUCUCUCCUUAUGUGUAUUUGAAUUAUUUUUACUUUUCACAUUGUUAUUGCAUUGAACCCAAAUCAUCACCUAGUUAGGCAUGUCAAAAGUAUUUCUAUUAUUUGUUACAUCACAUAGGUGGAGUUAUUGGGUAAUUUAAAUAGUAGCCAUAUUUUAUAUUUUAGGAUCUUUGUUGUUGUUCUGUUUGCUUUUGAUGUUUUUUGCAAUAUUCUGGCUUCUUGUGGGAUGGCCAACAUUAUGGUGGACAAUUAUUUAUAUGAAUGUGAUCUUGUUUAGCCAAAUAUAUGUUUUCCUUUUGAAAACAUAUAUGUUUUCCUUUUGUAUUUAUCAAAAAAAAAAAUAUAUGUUUUCCUUUUGAAUUCACUUUUACAUCUGGAGUCAGUAAGAAGUGAGUUGUAAAUUUGCUGUUGUUCCAGAAGUGUAUUCUAUGUUGAUAUGUGCAAUGAAUCUUUGUCUGUAAAUUGAACUGGUAGUUCAUGAUUUUGCUUAGAUUUUCCAUUCAUUGUUGGUAUUUGAUUUUGUUUUUUAUCCCUUCCUUUUUGGGGUUUUGGUUAUAUCAUGUUAGAAGUGCCUGUUUAAGAUUUGUCUUGCAUUUGUCCGCAAUUCAGUUCCUUCCCCUUGUGCAAUACAGUGGAAUCCAUGUUGUGUAUCUUGGGUGGUUUACGUUUUUAGGGUAGGGGGUAAUGUUGUUUGAGUGUUUGAGCAAUUCUGGUUGCUUAUGGGCAGGGACUGGAUUAUAAAAGAAUGGUUUAUGCUAAGCAUGGGGCUAGCUUAAAUAAAUUAUAAAAAGGAAAAAAAAAAUUCUCAUAGGAAUUCAUGUUGAAUUAUUGAUUCCCAAUUUAAGGUGAUUGUUUUGAGGAUUUAAUAUCUAAGAAUGAGAGUGUGAUUUAAUGUGAAAUAGAUUAAAAUGUUGCUAAUGGAGACCUACUAGCCUCCUUUUUUGAAUACGUUGGAGACCUAUCAGCCUUGAGUUGAUGUUUUAGGGAAUGAAUCUUCUUUUACCAUUUCUUUACAUGCAUCACCUCUGCAUUUAGAUGAAUCCUAUUCCUUUCAAAUGAGUUUCAUCUAAAACACACAAGGGAUGGAAUAGCAAAUGCAUGAGACAGAUACGAUGGCGGUACGUAGGUGAAAAGCUAAAAGAAACAAGCUUCUUCUUGAGAAGCUACAAGUGCCAAACCAACAUAGACUCCUCUUAUUGUAAAAUAUUUGAAUUGUCAUAGCUGGAUUUUGUACUUUCUGCUAUGUAUCUUUAUUCAAGUAUUCUUUUAAGUAUUUAAAUUAGCUGGGUUUUGUACUUUCUGCUAUAUAUCUUUAUUCAAGUAUUCUUUUAAGUAUUUAAAAACUUGAUGUACUUAUAAUUGAAUUUAUUUGGUAACAAAUCCCCCAUCAUCAUCAUUUUUGUUAACAUGAAAUUAAAUACAUAUCAAAUUAUGAAUUCUUUUACUCUAAAUUUAGUUUAUAUUUAUCAGUCUAAUAGCUACUUUGAUAGCUAUUGCAUUGGAAGGGUUUAGGAGGAAGCAUGAUGGUCCAAGGCUACUUGAGUGCGAAGUCUAGGCUAGGAAGCGUUUCAUGGGAUCUUCUAACUCAAGCAUAGCGGGAAAGGCAAGCCAAGGACUUCAAUUUCUGGUUGGCUGCAUAGCAUGAUUCCUGAAUGCCAGUUAGUAUUCCAAAUGCAUUACCAGCACUGCUCCUAUCUAUCUUUUCUUGGUUCUUCAUUGGUGGCUGUUCAGGUUGGUACACUGUCAAUUAUUCUUUUAUCUAGUUAUGUUGUGUACAGUUGUCCACUGAGUGAAAAAAAUGAAGAGAAACUGAAGUUUGUGGUUUAAGGUGGCACUCUGUUGGCCCUAAAGUAACCAGUUUUAGUAGGGCUUUCUUUCUUUUCUUUGCAUUUUUUCAGUAACUUAAUAUUCUAGUUUUUGUUUUAUUAUAUAUCAUAUAUUUGAUGUGUGUUGGUGCUUCUAGGUUCUGAACUUAUGGGCAACAUAGCAAGUGUCAAUCAGAAACGUUGCAUUGUCUUAGGGCACAUUGAGCUUGGUGUUAGGAGCAGUGCUCUUGGCAGGUGUCACAAUAUCAAAUGAUGGUUUUGAGCCAAAACAUUCAUCAAACCUGUUGCCAAAGGAGGUUGAGAAUAGGGAAGGCAAGAUUGGAUGUUCAUCACAAGAGCUUUAGGGUUGUAUCUUUAAAGCUUCUGAGACAUUUAAAUAACACUGGUGGUGUUCUCUCUGUGCUGGCCUUGUUAUUAUUACAAAAAUAUCUUUUUCUUUGGAAUUUAUUGUCUUGGGUGGGAAUAAUAAAAUUGCUGGCCAUCUUCUUCAUUAUUGUCUUGCUUCUUAUUGUAGGUAGAAUUUUUUGCUUUGGAAUUAUGACUUUGGUGUGAUAUUAUUUAGGUAACAAGUUGAUGAAUUUCAUAGGUUCUUGCUUAUCUUGUUUUGUGCAAUAAUAAGUAUAUUGGACAUGGUUAUGAGAAUCUUUGUGGAAUCAACUUAUAGUUGUUAUCAAAUUAUUUUCCAUGGUUCAAUUUUUCCCUUUUUAACAUGGGAAAUUAAUGGGUUAUUGGAGGAAUAGAUACUCUAUACAGCAUUCACUGACCUGUUAGAUGGAUCCAUAUGAAUUGCACUGUGCUUUAUUGUUUUUGUUCUAUGUCCAAUACUGAUUAGGUUUUGGCAAACUGGACAAAAGAACGUCAAGUUUGCUGCUUUGGUAUUAUCAGGCAAGUUCCUGUUUGGCUUCUCAUCUCUUUUUUUAUCUGAUAUAUACUCAUUGUAGUGUUGAGAAGUAUCAAAAUUCAUGAGUUUGUGCGCAAGUAUGAUUUCUAUUUCAUGGAAAUCCAGGUCAGUUCAGAGAGUUAUCUGAUAAUCUAAUGGAAGACUUGUAUCUAUAUCUAUAAUUUAUUUUAUCAUAAUAAUUGUACUUAUGGUGUUAUUUCAAAAGCAGCCAAUAUGUAAAGUGUGGGACCUUAUUUGCCUUAUCUGUCUGCCUGCUGUUUUCAUCUGUGCAAAACUUCUAUAUUGUGCAAGUUGCAAACAUGUUCAAUGGAUAUAUGUUUUCCUUUUCAAACAUACUCUUGUUGAAUAAUGAAUGCAUUCUUCAUUUAGGAUUUGUAUAUAUAUAAUAUGUAUAAUAAAUGGAACUAACCUACUCUUAGAAAUCCUCCCAAAAACCCUCUAAAUUACGAUCUUCCCUUAUUUACAUAGUCAACUGCUGUAAGUUUACACAAAAUUAACAAUCAAGCAAAUUGCUUAAAAUUAGGGAUCAACCAUUCGAUUUCAAUAUUUCCCCUUAAGCUGGUCCAGAAACAGCUUCCAAGCCAGCUUGCCGAUCAUGGAGUUGAAUGUAGGAUUCUUAACUCCCUUGGUAAAGAUAUUAUCUAGUUGCAGUUUAGAUGAGACAAAAGGAGUGCAAGUUAGUUUGCUAUCAAUCUUUUCUUUAAUGAAAUGUCAAUCAAUCUCAACAUGCUUAAUCCUGUCACACUGGAUUGAGUUGUGACCAAUGCUUAUAGCGGCCUUGUUGUCACAAUAUAGUCUCAUGGGAUCUUCAAGAUUCACAUGCAGUUCCCCCAAUAGGCCUUUUAACCACAUGAGCUAACAAAUUCUAAGUGGCUCAGAACUUAGCCUCAACACUAAAUCAAACAACUAAUUGUUACUUUUUUGCUUCUCCAUAAAAUCAGGUUGUCUCACACAAACAUAAAAUACCCUGAAGUAGAUCUCCUUUUAGUAAUAGGACUUGCUUGUAUCCAUAUAAGCUUAAGAUGAUUAUUCUUUGAGAGCAUUGAGCCUUUUCCUAGUGUUGACUUUAGGUACCUCAAAAAUCUCAAGACAACAUUUGUAUGACAUCCUAAGGAAGAGUGAAUGAAUUGACUUACCAUGCUAACCACACAAGUUAUAUCUCGUUUUGUAUGGGAUAAGAUAAAUUAACUUCCCAAUUUAGGAGAUGGAGAAUUGUUCAUUGUUGGAUUUUGUAGAAAACUUAAACUCUGGAUGAUAAGUUCUAAUUCUGUUGUUUUUGUCUAGGUGUUGAUGUUGUGUUCCAUUUUCUUUUGGUUCCUCUUGUAUACUCCUAUAUACAUAAGUUGUGCCCCCUUUUUUUGUUGUUGCUGUUUAAUGUGGUUUGCUUAUCAAAAAAGAAAAAGAAAAAAGGAAGAUAAAUUAACUUUCGAAUGAGUCUUUGGUAUCUUCCUUUGUCAAGCAGUAUUUCUUUAGUAAUGACACUAAUUGAUGAUUUUAAUUUUUAAGUGUAUCCAUUGGUUUCAUCCAACAUCUUGAUUUCAUUUAACAAAUUGAGGAUAUACUUCCUUUGAGUCACAUAAAUUCCCUUUUUGAUCUUGCAACCACAAUGCCAAGAAAAUAUAAAAGAUUUCUAAGAUCUUAAUUUUGACUUCUAUGGCCAACUUUCCCUAAGGCUGGAGGGACUAACAUCGGCAAUUGGAGCCAGUAGAUGGAAAGGAAAAAAAAAAUGCUAUUGAGCACAAGGCUCUAAUACCAUAAAAAUAAUAAUGAUUUCUGAAUAAUGGUUGUGUAUUAACUGGAUCCAUUCACAACCUAUUUAUGAUGUUUACAAUGGGAAAAAGAACAAGAAACUACUCUUUUCUAGGGCUAAAAUUACUCAACUAAAUCAGCUAUUAAUUACAGAAAGUAAAUCAACUACUAAAUUAGCCCCUAAAGAAGUAGAUCAGAAAAUAAAGAAGUCAAUUGUAUAGAAAAAUAAACCAAAAAAUGAUUGCACUGAUCCUUCAACAUCUUCCUUGGGAUAAGAAAUGUCCCACUAUAAAAGGGCAUAUCGCUCAAUCAUUGAUUCGGAUUGGAUGUAGCUUUUCUACUGGGCAAGAUACCUAAUAUUCAGUAGUUAAGGGUUGAGAUUUUGUUGGCCAUCAUAAAUGGAAACUACAUAGAAUAACUAACCUAAUCCUAAAAAUUCUUUUAGAAAUCCUCUAAAUUACAAUCUCCCUAAUUAUGUUGAGAGUGGAAUCUGCAUGUAUUUGUGUGUGUGUUUUGCGAGAAGGGAGGGGUUUUGGUUGGACGGAGUAUAGUUUAUGGGCGAAGCCUGGGGUAAGGCUUGAAUAAAUUGUAUAACUGAGUUGUUUCUUCCUAACUUGGUAUGAUUUGUAGUAAGGAAUUAUCUUCAAAGGAUGGAGAUAUGAGUUGGUGCAAUUGUUCCUUGCUCUCAAAGUAAAUGGAAGUUCACAUUAAAAUGUUGUCAAUGGAGACCUAUCAACUAGUUGGAACUGAUCUUUUAUUGAAUGGAUCUUCUGUUAUCCUUUUAUGUGAUUUAAAAGAGUGUGUGUAUUGGGAGAGGGGAGUGGUUGGGAAUGGACUAUAAGAAUAUGGUUCAUGGGCUAAGCUUGGGGUUAGGUUUGAAUAAAUUGUAUAAUUGAGUUGUUACUUCCCAACUUUGUAUGAUUUGUAGGAAGGUUUUGUUUUGAAAGGAUUAAGGUAUGACUUAAUGCAAUUGUUUCACGCUCUGAAAAGGAAAUAAGAAAUUACAUUAAAAUGUUGCCAAUGGAGAACUAUGAACUAGUUGGAACUGAUUUUUAGUAGAUGGAUCUUCUGUCAUCCUUUUAUUUGAUAUGAAUUACUCCUACAUCUAGAGAAGUCUCCUUUCAUUUGUUGGAUUUCACCUGAAAGGCCUGAGAUGUUACAUAGGACAGAUUUAGAAGAGGAAAGGAUCCUUUCUCAAUGUUACAACCUAUCAUGUGGAACCUCUCUCAUGGGUUUUGUGUGCUUCCUCAUAGUUUUGGGUUGUGAUAAGGAACUGUGAUCCCUUGAGUAAGUGGAAGUCUAUGAAAUUCUUUGGUUAAAUCACCUGCAUUGCAAACUGAAUUAGAGUGCAGGAAUUAGAAAUUUUGUCAUUUACCUGAGUAUUUGGAUUAGAUUGCCCUUUCGCAACGACACUAUAUGUGUGAAUUUGAUCAGUAAGUCAGAAUGAUAUAAUCUUUGCUGUGUGAAUGUAAUAUCAUCAAAAUGAAGUCAUGCUCGGAACACAUAUAUAUCUCUAAUAUUGCAUUAGUUUUGGGUGGGUUCCCAUUGAGAGAGGUCUCUUUUGUACACCUUGGGUGGUCAGUUUUUUUUGGCUUCAGCUGUAAGGGGGUGAGUUUCUUUCAUCUUUACAUCUUGGGUUGCUAUUUUAGCGUCUCUUAUUAAUACAAUACCUUGGCUUACUUAUCAAAAAAAAAAAAAUGGUUUUUUGAUGUGAAGGUAAUUCAAAUAUCUUACUUUCUUAUUUAUUUACAGAAAAUACUUCAUUCUGGCCAGCUUUCUGGUUUGUAUAUCUGUAGGCAUGUUCCUUGUUUGAAUUUGAACUUGUUCAUACGACCAAAUUACUUUUUUUGAUUAUUGUAAAUUUAGUUCUUCAUUUUGAUUAUUUGGUUUGGUUGUCAAAGUUUUGAUUCAAGAUUUUCCAAGUACCGAUAUAUUACAAUAUUUUGUAAAUAUCAUAAGUUUAAACUAUGUGGUGAAGAAGAUAUCUCCUUGGGAAUUAUUGUUAACUACCCACCUUACAGUUCUUAUUUGAAAGAGGGUUGCCAUACUUUGAUUUAACACCUUACAGUUCUUAUUUGAAAGAGGGUUGCCAUACUUUGAUUUUUGUACUUUCUGCUAUAUAUCCCUAUUCAUUUUCAUAUUUCUUUUUGUCUUUCUGUCGCUAUUUAUAAAUUACCUUCCAAUUACUUAGUUAUAAUUGGAUUGAUUUGGUUAUGAAUCUGAUCUUAUCUUUAUUGAUGUAAAAUCUAAUAUAAAAUUAAAUAAUAAAAUUUUGUACUCAACAUUUAAUUAUAUUCAUUAUUCAUGAAGUUAUUUCCUUUCCUUUAAGUUAUUUAAUUUGAAUUGCUUCAGUGUGGAGCAUAAUGUUGCAAGUCUGUUUAUGUGUGGAUCCUAGAAUGGGAGGUCCACAUAUUUUCCAAUAUUUUAUGCGUCAAUUCCACGCUGGAGAUUCGUGUCACCCUUCCUCAAAUUUAUUAAAAUCAACCUCAUUGCGUUAUAUACCAUCCUCACUAAAAGCCAGCUCUGCCAAACACUGCUCUGAUAUUCAUGGUCUAGGGUUUCGAUGAGUUCUUCAAGUUCAACCAAGGCAGGUAAAGGAAGAUCCAGAGCCUCAGCAUCCGUCACCUGUUCUCGGAGAGCUGGACUCCAGUUCCCUGUCGGCCGCAUCAGCCGCUUGAUAAAGGAUGGAAAUUAUGCUGAACGUGUCAGCAGGACUGCUCCUGUCUACCUGUCUGCAGUACUCGAAUAUCUUUCUGCUGAGGUUCUUGAACUUGCAGGAAAUGUAGCAAAAGAUAAUCAAAAGGCUCGCAUUCUCCCCCGGCAUAUUGUGCAUGCCAUGAGGAAUGACAUAGAAUUAUGCAGGCUCUUGGAGAAUGUCACAAUCGCAGAUGGUGGUGUUUUGCCAAAUAUUGAUGAAGACUUUCUGCCUGAGGAGGAGAAAGGGAAAGGCAAUAGAUCUGCUACCGAAGAGCUGUAGGGUUUUUUCUGUAUGUAGUUCAUUGACCAUCUUCUCUGUGUGAUGGUCUUGAUUUUUAUCAUAAAAUUUUCAAUUCUAUACUUUGUGACUUUUGUUGUUAUCUAUGGUAUAAAAUUGGUAGCAGAUUGUUGAAGUUGAUAAA